AUGCUUACAUUUGAAAUAACCUUGAUAAGUAUUCGUGUCAAAGAAUCAGUAUCUCAAGAAUCAAAGGAUUGGCCCAAAAAGCGCAUUGGCAUUGUAGAUACCUACUCUGUUAAAAGAAAUGUGGCAAGGACCCUAAAUAAUCAACUCGUGUUUGAAUAUAUACUUCAUUGUUUAAGGACAACAUAUAAAUACUUUGCUCUUCCACAUAAAACUGGAAAAUCCAGCCUUCCAAAGCCUCUGGAUGUAGUUACAUGUGCUUCAGAACAUUCUAAAGAAGUAGUAAAUCAUGACCCAGCCAUACCAGCAAAAGAUGAUAAGCUCAAAAACUCAGUUUUGGUCCCAGGUCCUGGUGCUACCAGUUCAACUGCAAAUACCUGCAAAGUACAUUCCCAUACUCUUAAAGAGAAUGCUGAAAGGUUUGGAAGCUCACCAACAGAGGAAAUGGGAAAUAUAAGUAUCAGUGUCCACCCAGAAAACUCCGAGUGUAUCCAGGCAAAGGUCAAUUGUGAUGAUUAUGAGGAUGUUAAAGUACGCCAUCAAGAAAGAGACAGUAAAAAUGAGAAAGAGAAAAUUGGGAAAAAGGGCAAGCAUCCUUUGACUGUUGAUCAAGGUUUAAGAACUAGUGGAUGUGGAGAGCUCAUCAUCUGUGGCAGCACUCUUAAUAAUGAGACAGACAACACUUUGGGGUUUUUUUGUUUGUUUUUUAUUUCAGCAUAUUAUGGAGAUACAAAUGUUUAGGUUACUUGUGUUGC